CCUUCUUCUUGUGUAUAUAAUACACCAUUUUCCAGUAAAACGCGCCUCCGCCGACAUCCACCGUAACUAACCUGUGCACGGCAAUCCAACGGUGGAUCUUCAUCUUCUUCAUCUUCUUCAUCUUCUUCAAACCCUAGAUCAAAUCAAACCUCAAUUCAUGGCAGCUCAAUCUUCAAACUAAUCCUGAUCCGAUCUUAUCUCAUCUUAUCUCUAUGGCUCCUUCAAUCUCAAACCCUAACUCCACCUCAAAUCGCUCACCAUCUCUCUGCAAACACUCACCAUCAGCAACCCUAGAUAUUCUAAUCCUAAUCCUAGUCCUCAUCUCAUGCACUUUCCUAAUCACAUCAUACUUCAAUUACAUAAUCCAAUCCCUCUCUCUCAUCCUCCCUCCGCUCUCAAUCAUCUUCCGUCGCUUCACCGAUCUAGUCAACGAAUAUCACGUAUUGUAUUCAAUCGGAAUCGUUUCGUUGUUCAUCGUUUUCGUUUUUGUUUCGUUCGAGAUCUGGAUCGCGUUUAGAUCGAACAAGUGUGGGAAAUCGAGAUGUAAAGGGUUGAGGAAUGCUAUGGAGUUCGAUUUGCAGGUACAGACGGAUGAGUGUUUGAGAUCGGGAGUUAAAGCGGUGAGAGAGAUUGAUCGGUUGCCAUGGAAAGGUGGAGAUGAAUCGAAUCCGGAUUAUGAAAGGUUUAGAGAUGAGUUGAGAAGAAUGGCUCCACCGAAUGGACGAGCUGUGUUGCUGUUUCGAUCUAGGUGCGGUUGCUCGGUCGCUAAACUUGAAGGAUGGGGUUCUAAGCGUUCUAGGCGAUCUAAGAAGUAAGUUAAUAAUAAUAUUUUUAUUUUUCUUAAAAAAAUAAUUGAAUUGUAUUUUGUAAAACUAUUUGUGCAUUUAUCUGAAUUUUGUGUCAAA